UCACCUCCUUUUGACUCUGCAGGUGAUCUCAGACAAGGAGGACAUGGAGAUGGAUCCCCAGAGGCAAACAGGGGCGGCGGUGCCCGCGGAGCCCCUCACUCACCCGUGCCGGCCGCGGAGCCGCUCCCCGCCGCGCUGCUGGCUCAGACCCAACCCGUACCAAGCCAGCGUGCUCCAGGACAGCGUGCGGAGGUACCUGCAGCUGCCAGCAGACCAGACAGUGCUGAUCCUGCACGCCAAAGUCGCACAGAAAUCCUACGGCAACGAAAAAAGGUUUUUCUGCCCCCCACCUUGUGUUUACCUGAGUGGGCCAGGAUGGAAGCUAAAGCAGGAGCAGAUAAAAGCCAGGGACCUGGGAGAGGCUGGAUUUCGGGUGUGUGGGUACAUGGGGCUGGACAGCAUGGGCAGCAGCCUGAUGGAGACCCAGAAGCUCAGCUUUGAGGAGCAGCCGGAUGCAAAGGGGUUCAGCUGUGCCAAGGCCCUGUACAUCUCGGACACGGACAAGCGCAAGCAUUUCCGCCUGGUCCUGAAGCUCUUCUUCAGCAACGGGCAGGAGAUCGGCACCUUCCACAGCAAACUCAUCAAGGUCAUCUCCAAGCCUUCGCAGAAGAAGCAGUCCCUGAAGAACACAGACCUCUGCAUCUCCUCGGGCUCCAAAGUGUCCCUCUUCAACCGCCUGCGCUCCCAGACCGUCAGCACCCGGUACCUGUCUGUGGAGGGAGGAGCCUUCAUCGCCAGCGCCAGGCAGUGGGCAGCCUUCACCCUCCACCUGGCCGAGGAGCGCUGCGCCCGCAGCGAGUUCCCCCUGCGGGAAGGGUACAUCCGCUACGGCUCCGUGGUCCAGCUGGUCUGCACGGCCACCGGCGUCACCCUGCCGCCCCUGAUCAUCCGGAAGGUGAUGAAGCAGUACGCCAUGCUGGACGUGGAUGAGCCCAUCUCCCAGCUGCACAAGUGUGCCUUCCAGUUCCAAGGCAGUGACCGCAUGUACCUGUGUCUCUCCACAGACAAAGUGAUCCAGUUCCAGGCAUCUCCCUGCCCGAAGGAAGCCAACCGGGAGCUGCUGAACGACGGCUCGUGCUGGACCAUCAUCAGCACGGAGACGGUGGAAUACACCUUCAGCGAGAGCCUGGCGUGCGUGCGUGAGCCCGUCAGCCCCGUGCCGCUCAUCGCUGCCCUGCAGCUCACGGGCGGCGGGGACGUGGCCAUGCUGGAGGUGCAGGGGGAGUAUUUCCAUGCACACCUCAAGGUCUGGUUCGGAGAUGUGGAAGCAGAGACGAUGUACAGGAGCCCCAAGUCCCUUGUGUGUGUCGUCCCUGAUGUCUCUGCCUUCGGCAGUGACUGGAGGUGGCUGCGAUAUCCCAUCACGGUCCCGCUCCUGCUGAUCAGGGACGAUGGCCUCAUCUACUCCAGCUCAUUUACAUUUACCUACACCCCGGAGCAGAGCUGCAUCCCAGGGCAGCAGAUCCUCUCAGAUGUUCCCCAGGACUCAGACAAAUUACUCGACAGCAUCCACCAGGAGUUUACCAGGACCAACUUCCACCUCUUCAUGCAGACCUAA